UAUAUUUGCCUCAUUCUCUAGCUUCUUUUGCUUUUUGUAAUUUUCAAAUAUAUUGUUUUCUUUGAGAAAGUCUUGUCAAGUGUCCAGUUCCCACGCACCAUCCGAGAAACGGAGCGGUCGCCGGCACUCCGGCUAUGCAACCCGCCGUUCUUCUUUCCCGCAUCAUGUCUUCCGACUUGUUCCCUCUGCUUCUUUAGUAUGCCCAAAUCCUGGUGCAACAUCAAUUCAAGGCUUCUCUGAACUAACACUUGCUGCUAACUUUCAUUCCUAAUUUGUUUUUCACGGCCAUGACUUUAUGUCCUUUGUGUAAGUGACAGACUACAGGGAACCCAAAUCAUGGUUGCUUGCUUUGGAUAUCCACUGCUUGCUAUCCUAAUCAUCUAGGGUUUCCUUUUUAGGGUUUUACGACCAUUUUCUUUGCUUCCCACAAUAUUUUUACUGGUUUUUUUCAUCUGGGUUGGCUGAGGAAUGGAGGAAUAUAACAAUCAUCUUAAUGAGAAUUCAGCUCAAAGGGGUAAUUUCUUGUACGCUUCACCGGUUCUUGCAGCGAGUUCUUCUGGUUAUGGGAGAACAAGCGGUGGAUCAAACGUGAGCAGUGAUCAGCAGACCCAGAUGCAUAUCAACACCUUUCCUCUUCAAUCCGGCGGAGAGUGUUAUCAAUCAGAAGUACACCCAAUUGUGAAGACCGAAAACAGCGGUGCCCAUCAUUUACAGACAUUCCAUUACCAUCUGAUGAGGGGGCACCAAGCUGGAGUUCAGCAACAAGAAGAAGGCCGGAAUGAGAACUCCAGUACUGAUGUUGAGGCUAUUAAAGCCAAAAUCUUCGCCCACCCUCAGUACUCUAAUCUCUUGGAAGCUUAUAUGGAUUGCCAAAAGGUCGGCGCUCCGCCCGAAAUGGUGGCUCGGCUCUCAGCUGCUCGCGAGGAGUUUGAGUCGCGGCAACGAUCUUCAGUGUCUUCCAGAGAGGCUGGAAAGGACCCAGAACUCGAUCAGUUCAUGGAAGCCUAUUAUGACAUGCUGGUGAAAUAUCGGGAUGAACUAAGCAGACCUAUUCAAGAAGCAAUGGAUUUCAUGCGUAGGAUUGAAACUCAGCUUAACAUGCUUUGCAAUGGCGCCUUGCGGAUCUUCCCCUCUGAUCAUGAGAAGUGUGAAGGUAUGGGCUCAUCCGAAGAUGAUCAAGAUAAUAGCGCAGGAGAAGCAGAAGUUCCUGAGAUUGAUCCACGUGCUGAAGACCGUGAACUUAAGAAUCACCUAUUGAGGAAGUAUAGUGGUUACUUAAGCAGCCUCAAGCAAGAGCUUUCCAAGAAAAAGAAGAAAGGAAAACUACCCAAAGAAGCCAGACAAAAGCUGCUUAGUUGGUGGGAGUUGCACUACAAAUGGCCUUACCCUUCGGAGACAGAGAAGGUAGCAUUGGCUGAGUCAACUGGUUUGGACCAGAAGCAAAUAAAUAAUUGGUUCAUAAACCAGAGAAAACGGCACUGGAAACCUUCUGAAGAUAUGCAGUUUAUGGUAAUGGAUGGGCUACAUCCACAAAAUGCCGCUCUCUACAUGGAUAGUCACUACAUGGGUGAUGGCCAUUACCGUUUAGGACAUUGAGUCCUAAAAUCACUCGCAUAUAUAGUGAUUGUCGAAGUUGUUGAGAACUGUCUUGUAAUAAUGCAGAGUCUGAAUUAAGACAUCAGUAUAAUUAGCUAAAGCUAGUCGGUACCAGAAUUGAGCAAUGUUCUGAUAUUUUUUAGGAGGAAUUCCAUCACUGCACUGCAAUUUAGUGAAAGCUAUAGUCCUUAUGCGGUGAUGACGACAUUCAAGUUGGGCUGCAGAGAUGUCAUGUCAUUGCGCCAAUUUACAUCAAUCUGGGACGUUUUGAAUUGUUUUCUGUGUCCGAUCAUGGAGGAACCGGAGCUCUCUCUUGUAUUUUAAUUUACUGUACGUGUGCUUCUAGUUAAGGGGAGAUGGUAAUUGCUGGGAGAAACAUUUUAUUUAGUCUUUACUUUUAGCAUGGAAGAUCUGUACUUCAAACUUGUUCAAAUCUGUAACGGCAACUACUUAAUUGCUGGUAAAUGUAUAUAUAGUAAGACGAAACUGAUCAAUAUGAUGUUAAUGGGGGUGUAAUAUUAUUUAUCCGUUUUUUCCA